AUGGCGAAGACGUCAUCGUUGGUGGGCACCCCAGAGUUUGGGCCCAAGAAGAAGGAUGAAGAUGAAGCGACUUACACCAAGGAUGACAGCAAGGAAUGCAUUCCAAGCUGCGACAUUCUGGGCUUGGAAUGUGGGGAUGACGGCUGCGGUGGCUCCUGUGGCACUUGUUCUUCAGAGGAUGAUUCCUUGUCGCCCAUGUGCCGGGGAGAUGUGGGCCGUUGCGUGUACUUUGUUUCGGCUGAUUGGGUCAACAAAGGCAAGAAAAUGACCCCCACCCACUUGGUUUCGACAGGAAUGGCGUGUGCUGGUGAUUUCUGUGGGAACGUGCGGCUGAUUCAGAUGAGUGUUUAUGUCGAUGCAGCUACGGCAGAGAAAUCUGGCUGGAUAUCUGACAACACCGGCCACCGCUGGUUUUGGAACUCUGGAUCUGCAGCAGAUGACCAGGUGGCUGACUGUCCUGAUGGAAUGGCUGUCAGCUACGUGGAGUGUGAUGGAAAGCAUUGCGAUAACUUACGUUUUCAUUGCGCCAAGCCGCUGCAGUGGACACUGGACAUGUCAGAGACACCUGUGGUGACGGGCUGGUUCAGUGAGGAGGAGGGCCGCAAGGACUGCCCGGAUGGCAAAGUGGUGACUGGGGUGGAGUGCAAGGAUUCGAAAAAGUGGUGCCUUUCAAAUUGUGGUAGCUACUGUGACAACAAAAGGCUUCGCUGCCGGUCAAUCAGACCAGAAAUGGCUGGAGCUGCAAGCCGGAGCCCCAAGGAUCUUCCAUAG